AUGAGAGAUGAAAAGCACUCAACAAGUUGUGGAACCAUUUUCAUUUUGUGGAUCUUAUCAAGAUUGAAAAGUCUCAUAAAAUUCAGAAGCAAUUUGGAAAGUUUAUUGGAACAACAUGGAAAUUUACCAAAGACUAGUCUUCAAAUGAAUGAACCUUUGUGUAGGCACAGAAAUAGUGUUACGGAAAAUCAUGAUUUCAAAAAAAAUUUGCCUAGAUGA